UAACGAUCUUUACCGGGUACAUGGUUAGCAAACAAAAUCAACAUGGCAGCCCUUGACUCUGACACAGACACAGAGAAGAGAGGUAGCAUGUCUGAGCACACUGGUCUCCUCCCCAGCUCACCCAAGCACACCGCCAGUGCCGCCACAGUCUAUGCUUCUGAUGGAGAGACACCUUCACAAACAUACACAGGAAGAGGCUCCCAGAAGUCCAGUGAGAGUGAUGAAGAGCCAGAUGUGGAGUACGCUGGUCAGGGUGGAUUGAGGGAGGAGGAUGGACGAGGACGCAGGAGAGGAGGGCGGGAGGACGGGGACACAGAGGAGGACACGGCAGUGACAGGGGAAGAGGAGGACAACAAGAAGCAGAGUUGUGGACUGAUAGAUGUAUGGCGUGGGUUCCUGAAGCUCCUCCCAGAGAUCGGGGACGGAGAAGACGAUGACAGUGAAGAGUUUGAGAGUGCCCUAAAGGCAGGAGCACAACAGAUAGUACACCUGAUCAUCCCAGUGACCAUCUGCAUGGCCAUAGUGGUGUUGUUUGAGCUGACGGUGGCAGUCAACGACAAUGUCCAGUACUCCACCUUAGAGUAUCUGAUUCCUGAGUCCAAUGCUGGUGACAAUAGUGGCCUCCUGUUCAUUAUAGCCGUUGCUAAUGCUGCCAUUUUCAUCGUGAUAGUGAUUGUCAUGACUGUCGUAUUGGUGCUGCUCUUCAAGUACCGCUGUUACAAGGCUAUAUUUGUGUGGCUGCUCGUGGCCUCUGCACUGCUGCUCUAUGUGAUAGCAGGCGCCUUCUUCGUUAAUAUCCUGCAAGUGCACAACCUGGUUAUAGAUUGGUUCUCAUUUGCGUUCUUCUUAUGGAACUUUGGUGCCAUGGGGUUGGUGUCCAUCCAUUGGAAGGGGCCCCUCCGACUGCAGCAGGCCUACCUCAUCCUCACCAGUGCAUUAGUGGCAACCACGUUCCUCAAGUACCUGCCUGACUGGACCACCUGGAUCCUCCUCGUUGCUAUAUCACUCUAUGAUUUGUUUGCGGUGCUCUGUCCUAAAGGUCCUCUGAGAGUGUUGGUGGAGACAGCCAAGGAGAGAAACCAGCCCAUCUUCCCCUCCCUCAUCUACUCCUCUACGAUGGUGUGGGUUAUAGGAAUGGCAGACAAUAACGACAAGAAGUCCAACAAGAAGGGAGACGUACCCAAACCACAGCCCCAGAGAAGCGAGGCCACCAACAAAGUUGAAGGUUCUAUAAAUGCUGCUGAGCUGUCAGUGCGCAGGGAAGCUGCUCGUGAGUUGGCCAGGUCCCAGGAGAACCCUGACCUCCGACAGGCGGAGGAGGGGACAGACGGAGAUACUAACCAGGGAGAUGAUGAGCCACGAGGGUUCAAGCUUGGUCUGGGAGACUUCAUCUUCUAUAGCAUUCUAGUGGGUAAAGCUGCUCACGACAGUGAUGGAGACUGGGUCAUCAUCUCCUCUUGCUUCGUGGCCAUCCUCAUUGGACUGUGCCUGACUACCCUCAUCCUGGGUCUGGGUGCAGUGAGGAGAGCACUGCCUGCCCUCCCCAUAUCAAUAUUCUUUGGUCUCAUCUUCUACUUCACGUCUCGCUACCUCAUAGCUCCGUAUGGGGCCAUGCUGGCCACAACUCAAGUGUUCAUAUAACCUCUCCCCUGGGUGUGAACUAUAACAGUGUGUGUGUGUGUGUGUGCUAUUGACAUUAUUUCGUUUAACUAUGCUGUAUUAUAUAAUUUUAUAAUGAUUAUCUAGUUUGCACUAAUGUAUCAUUGUGUUGUAUAAUUACCUACAGCCAAUUUGAA